CACGGGCGCUUGUUUCACAGCCUCGGCGUGAAUUAUAGUGUUUCAGUGGAAUCUUGACCAAGUACUGCCACUUCAUUAUAUACGUCUCCCUCGUUCCAACAGCACCUCGAGCACGAUUCAGUAGCGCUGCGCACUGAAUGCUAAUUUAACGACUUCUUCACGACACCAUGAUCAAUACCAUCGCUGGCUACGGCAUGUUCUCAUCUGUAUCUACAUUCUGUCGUACACUCCUCUGGUUGGCUCUCUCUGUCGUCGCUUGUUCUUCAGCCGCAUCUGCAAGACCGACAGGUGAAGUGCUGCGGCGCUCGUCUACUGACAGUCAAACAAGCGGGGGGAACAGUGUUUCUGCAACCGUAUGGAUACCCGUACUAAUAGUCGCAGUCGUCGUUGGCGUGCUGACACUGAUUGGAUGUGUGAGGCGGGUUACGUACAGGGAAGUAGGUGCAGGCGCCGUGGCGAGUACCCAGAACCAAUCUGCUGGUCAGACAGCUCCAUCUCGCCCUGGAAGGCGUCGGAGACCCAGGCGGACUCCAAGUCAAAUUUCUACAAAAUCGCUUCCGCCCUACAUGCAGGAACCGGGUGACCAGGAACUUGUUAUCUACAGAGGACCUUUGAAGGUGGAUGAAGACCCUAACGACCCUCUGCCCAUACUGGAAGAAGAUGACGAGCAUCUUGAAGCAAGAGGGGCACAACGUAAUCCUGACCUCGAGUCGCACGGUACCUCACUGGCGGAUAACUCCCCCCCGAAUCUCACAUAUAACGCGCCUGGCGACGUGUCAGUGAGAAGAAGCGUGGACGUUGCUAGUGUGGGCACGUCGGGUCACUCACAUGAAAGUCAUUCUGAGCUGCUUCCCUCGCAUGCUACACAAGCGUUCGAAGACCCACGAGGAGAAGCGCCUCCGUACUUUGAGGUUGUAGGUCAGGAUACUCCUGAAACAUCGCGUAAUGCCUCUCCUGCACCGGAGACUUCCAUCGGAGAUCGUGAACGGCGCUCUAGAUUCAGCUUCCUUUUCAAACCCUUCGGAGGCUCAUCACGAUACCCACCAGUGUCGGUUUAUAACAGGGCUGUCACUCCUGACCACAUUCGUAGCGUUUCAUCCCUCUCCGUGGCAUCAACAAACAGCGGACAUAGGCGCAAUCGCUCAGGCUCUAAUUCAGCGCUUUUGAAAACUCUCCGACCUAGCGGCCAUUCCGCGAUUAUGACAUCUCCUUCGACCAUCUCUCUGGACUCAAUAUCGGCACCUCUCACACACACUGCUACGCGCUCCGAGUUUCGGGCGCCGAAAGGCGGCCUGACGCCCGAGCAAAUCAAACUCAUCACCUCCAGAAAUGCGCUGGAAAAAUUUGGGGUUCCAUAUGGUCCAGAUGCUGUAGCAUUUUCAGCGUCAAGGUCUAAUAUGGCACCGCCGCCCGACUUCGACGCCACUAUAUCAAGUUCGCCCGGCCAAGCAAGUGGGUCAACAUCAGCUGACCUCCGCAACACGUCUAGUACCAGUGCUCCUUCGACGGACACAGCAGGAAGCUCCGUACAUAACGGUGCUGCUGCGGAUGAGGCUGGGCAAACACCCUCAGAUUCUGCCAUAUCCGGAUCGUCUCUAACCCCCUCCGGAGUUGACAAACAGUCGCAACCGUUAUUGUCGCCAUACUCGCCGUCACCCACUUCGUAUGACCCACAUUGGGCUGACUCGCGCUCAAGUUCAGUAACAUCCUUUGAGACAGCUAAUUCUGAGCUCUCGCGGCCUCCUACACCGCUCACAGCACGACCUGUGACGCCAGUGACAGCGCGGCCCUUUGUUUUAUGAAGCUCCCGCAAUUGCUUGAUUCCCUAGGACUUAUUUCCUACUACUUACCAUCUACAAGAUAUUUUGCUGUCCUUCAUAAAACAUCCUUCAAGUUUCGGCUACUGUGGAUUUCUGUAGUGCGACGUACUUACGUGUAAUUUUAGCUUUGCUUCCGGAUUGGACUACGUUUAAGACGCUACCAUUAUCAUAGUUAAACGUUUAACUGCCCUACCCUGUUGAUAUUACUCGCGACUGCAGUCUGAUCGCAUUCCUUCAGC